AUGGAAAAUGUAAGCUUUAUAUCUUUAUCUGUUGUAAAUUUUUAUAACUGUUAUCUUUCUAUGUUAAAAUAUGAGUUUCCAAAAUCUAAAAAUUAUAAUGCUGACAAUAAUAAUAAUUUAUCUGUUUCUGUUGAUGAGUUAACAAAAAAUAAUGAAAAAGAAAGUAUACCCAGUACUAUUGUAUCAAAGGGUAGAAUAACACUUGGAAAUGAUAAUAAAGUGAAUAAUCUAACACAAGGAAUAGAAAUUAAUACAUUUAACAUAUUUUCAGCUAAAAGAUUAAUUAUUCUAUUUUUUAUUAUAUUUUUAUCUACUAUUCUAUGGAUUUUACUGUAUAAAUUUAGUCCUGUUCGAUUUUGGAUACGCAGAAAAAUAGAAAAAAUAAAGUUUUUACAAAAAUAUAUUUGUAACGACAUGAAAUACUCAUAUUUAUCUAAUGCAGAGAGUAAAAGAUUUAAUAUAGAGUACAAUUCAAGCACUAUUGAUUAUGAAAAUUACGUUUGA